GUCCUCAGUCCCUGCUAGAAGGCCGUUUAUUCCGUGAAUGUUGAGAUUUUUUUUUAUUCUAAAGAAUACAUAUUUUUGCGUUAUGAUAAGCGCUAGUGAGUCAAUAUAUAUCAAAAGGUAUUAAAACAAUAAGUGUUUUUAGGAAAUAUGAACAAAACCGUUUGUAUGAAGCGAGUAAACACACUCUCCAGUGUGGCGAACGUUGGUGCCAGCGAGGAUCAUUUGGAUGUAGCGAUAUUUUACUGCCUGAAUGUACUCACCAAAAGACAUUCACCGUCGGACCAGUUCCGGACUGUAUUUAGUAAGGGCAUGUUCCUGAAGCCGAACACCAAAGCUUUCAUCCACGUCCUGCACUUCUUGUUCAACGUACACGACGCAAAGGAGUUCCGUAAACGGUUCUACUGGCCUAUUUUUGAUAAGAAUGCCGAGAGUGCCUUUCGUAGUUCCACCGUGGAGUAUGUGAAUAGUUUAGUUGAUCGAGGAAAGUUGGACAUGGAGAAGAUCAAAGCGCAUACGGUGGUACUCCCGGGCGGAUUGAAGUUUAUGAAGUUUUUGUUGGUUUUGAUAAAAUUUGUAAUGAAGGAAGAGCUGCGACGAACUGGGGUGAAUUCUGGUGGAAAGAUAAUCAGCAAAAGUGAUAUCGGGCAACUAGUGGAUUAUCAUCAGGAGUGGGAAGAGGUUGGGAAUAAGACUCGGGAAAUUAUACAAAAAGAUCUGACGAUGAUACAAUGUAGGAUUCAGGAGAUUGAUGAAUGGAUCGAGAAGUUGUUUGCGGAGUGUCAAGGACCGGCGAAGCAGAUGAGUUUCGAGAAGUUGAUGGAAUUAUGGGGAACAUUCAAUAGGACGAGUUUCCAAGAAACUGAAGCAAAGCGGCAACGGCUGCAGGAUGUUACGGCUGAAUAUAACAAAGUAAUUGCAACAGCAAAAAAGAAACUCGAACCCAAGGAAUUGACUCUUGGCAUCAAAGAGGGCGAACUGAAGGAGACACUGUACCGUCUGGAGGUCUUGUUUCCUAACAAUGCUUGCUAUUUUCGAGAGGUGUUUGACGAGAAUGGAAAAAUAGACGCCGUAAAACUGUUUGAAAUAAUCAUAUUCCUUCUACCCGAUAUCAGUCAGCAUCUAGCAGGGUUUUCAGUUCGGAGCAUCGAGUCAUUGAAGUUCGAAAUGAAGGAACUUUCGAAAGUUGCCCUCAAAUCGGACAGCAUUUAUCACGAAUUGUCAUCAUUGCGUAGGACCUUACCAUUUGGAGAUGCGAAAUUCCAGGAGCUAAAUAAUCAAAACGAUGCCACAGAUGAACUGAAUGGAGAUCUCGGAAUAAGGAACAAAAUCUUCAAUACACCACCGAUAACCCUCAAUUUCCAAGAGGAUCUGGAAGCCGGUAGUAGACCAAUCUCCAAGCGAAACCGACUCGCUCUUUUAGAUGAUGAUCAAAUUCAUCAGAUGAAUCUCAGAAUGCGACUGCUCUCGUCCAGUAUUUGUCAGCAGCUUCCUAAAACGCCUCGAUCUGUCAAGAAACCGAAAGUAGCCCCGGCAAGUCCCGGUAACGUAUUCGCUGUUCCUAAACCAACCAAGAAGGAAAGAAUGAAUCCGCUGUCGAUGUUGAACAAAAUUACAGCGCAUGGAAAACUUAAAACCAAACAGCCACUACCGGUGAAUAGCACGUUGAAUAUUUCAUCACUGUCGACUCUGGGCGAAAUUUCACUUCGUCCUGAAUUCUCGUCGACUCUGCUAGGAACUCCAGAAAAACAAACAUCACAAAACCGUCGCAGUAUUAAUGGCAACGAACAGACAACAUUCCAACCAUCACCCCGCUUCAAAACCAUCUACAGCGAGGAUUUGAUCAUGGAAUCAUCCUCCACUAAGGGGGCAAUGCCACCGGAUUCUUUGUUCCUGUUGAGUCAAGGUAGAAGGAACAGCAAACGAAGAAGUUCGCUUCUGCAGCUUGAUCAGAUGCAGACCUCUCCGUCCGGGAAGCUGGAACCGUUGGUGAUGAAAGUGAAAGGUGCCCCUAUAACUGCGAUGACCAACAAUGUAGAAAUGCCAGAGAUAAGGAUAUUUGCGCCAGAGGAGAUGGAUUCGGAGAUAUGUGAGGAAGGUAAAGCAAACGUGACAAGGGUAGAAGGUGAACUGCGAACUGAAUUUGACGAUAAGGAAGAUCUGGAGAGAACUCUGCAUCAGGAGGAAAAUGACGCCUCAGUGGAUCUCUCGCACACGCUCGUAGCCUUGGGAAUGAGCCAAUUAACCCUCACGUGCCCCGACGACGUCAACCGGCCGAACGCAUUACAACCCGCCGCUGUUCCCAUGCAAACAAUGGACGAAGAUCUCUUCAAUGUCAGUGAUGGCAUCUUGACAGAUUUUGAUUGAUAGUUUCAAGUGUCAUCCUUUGAAUAUUAU